AUGGGCGAAUUAAUUUUUGAAGGUCGACCUGCGUGCUUGCAUCCCCUGUCAAAGUCGUAUUUCCCACGCGAUACAGGUCAGGGGCUAGGGUCUGUCGGAGCAUGCCCGCUGGUCUUACUUAUGAAACUGCUUGAGGGCACAUUUGCGGGUUCAUGCGAUGGGAUAUCAUCGCCUGGUUUCAUUACACGAAAAUUGGGGCAAGAUUAUUGCCAAUCGAGCCUACUAUACCCAGGCCCCGAAGCGGAAUGGAAGAUUGACCCGGCAUGGCAUGCCAAACCAUGCAUCGUGAGAAUACGUAUGAGUGCUCACGGACCUACGGCAAACUCGCCCCAGCUGCAACAUCAUGCAUGGCAUCAAAAACCCAACCAGCAAGACAGACUCAAACCGCCAAUACGAACACCGGAGGCAGCUCUGAGCACCUGCCUGAUCUGUACGCAAAAUAAUACAAAAUCGAAAGCAGAUUCUCAGGAAUUUGCUUUUCUUGCGAUCAAAACUGCGUAUGCAGAUCACAAGGAUACCAUGCAAGUCAUAUUGAAACGCAGAUAA